AAGCUUAAAAAAAUAAUAAAAAUAGACAGGCAGACAGAGAGAAAUUGGGGCUUGAGGGCUGACCGAGGGGGGAAUGGAGCUCGAGGCCAGGUUAUGAAGAGGCCUGGAGUGAGACGGGAGCCGCUGCGAUUGCCUCUCUGGCAGAGGAAAGAGAUGCACUCUUGCCCAGCUCUAGGCUCCUCCCUCCCAGCUUCCAGUUUGUCCAUCAUGCAGCCCACGGCAGAGACGGCUGAUGAAUUAGAAAUCAUCGAUGAACUGAUUAAGGAAGAUGGCUUCGAGGUGGAUCCCUUCUCGCUUCCCCCCAGGGUCUCGCUUAACGGGCCAGCCGAGCUGAUCCCCAAACGCUCCAACUUAGCAUCACCAGCCGGAAUGCCGAGACCAGCUGAGCCGAUGGGCAUGAGCCUGUCGCGGCCCUACGGCUCCUCCUGUUUCUCAGCCUCUGUGCUGCGAGACCCGUCUCCUUCCCAGCUCUCUCAGAACCUUAACAACUUGACAAUAAGGCCCCAGCUGGUUCCAAGGGGGACGUCCCUCCUGUUGCUGCCCAGUAGCAGAUGCUCUGAUGACUCGUGGCCCCCUGCCCCCUCUUCCCUGCGUCCUGGGAUGUCCCGAGAGCAGUUGGACGACAUCAUCCAGGAGCCGCCCAGGCUGGUGAUCACGGAGCAGCCCAAGCAGAGGGGCAUGCGUUUCCGUUACCAGUGCGAAGGCAGGUCGGCUGGAAGCAUCUUGGGCGAAUUCAGCACCGAGACCAACAAAACUCUGCCGACCAUUGAGCUGCAGAACUUUGCAGGCAUCCCAGAAGCGAAGGUGACAGCAUGCUUGGUGUGGAAGGAUUGGCCUCACCGGAUCCACCCUCACAGCCUGGUGGGGAAAGACUGCAACAAUGGUCUCUGCGAAGUGACGCUGAAGCCCCGAGCCAACCCCAAGCACAGUUUUAACAACCUUGGGAUCCAGUGCGUGAAGAAGAAGGACAUAGAGGAAUCCAUAGAGAAAAAGCUGCAACUUGGGAUUGAUCCUUUCAAAGCUGGCUCAUUAAAAAAUCACCAGGAGGUUGACAUGAAUGUGGUCAGGAUUUGUUUUCAAGUCUCAUACCAAGAUCGCACAGGGAAGACGCGACACCUCAGCCCUGUUCUUUCAGAACCCAUCUUUGACAAGAAAUCCACAAACACGUCGGAGCUGAAAAUCUACCGGAUGAAUAAGGAGUAUGGCAGCUGUACGGGUGGAGAGGAGCUCUAUUUGCUGUGUGAUAAAGUCCAGAAAGAAGACAUCUCCAUCAUCUUUCGAAGGGACAAGUGGGAGGGGAAAGCUGACUUUUCCCAAGCCGAUGUUCACCGGCAGAUUGCCAUCGUCUUCAAGACGCCACCGUACCAGCACCUUGACAUUGUGGAGCCGGUGGAGGUGGAGGUAUACCUCCGCCGUUUGACGGACAGCGUCUCCAGCGACCCCUUCAACUUCACCUACCUGCCAAAGGACAACGACACUUACCGGGUCAACAAAAGGAAGCAAGGCAUGCCCGAUGUCCUAGAGGAGCUCUCUGGCCCAGACCCUCACGGGAUCGAAGCCAAAAAGAAGAGAAAGAAGCCAGGGUACAUGGACCAUUUCAACUUGACUCCGUCCGCAGAUGGCUCCUUGACCGGUUCGGAAGACAGGAAUAGCCUGAGCAACUUGGAGCGUAUCACCGUGCCGGACCUGUUUGAGGACUACAACCUGGGCCAAGACUUCUCUUCCUACAACGGCCCCACCUUGAGCGAUAUCCUGCUGCCAGCUGCUAUGGACUUCCCAGAUUCCGCAGAACAGGAGUUCCUGCUGGAUGCUUAUUCCAUCCACUCUGGCAUCUCGGCCCCCUUUCCGUUCCCUGUGGAUUGUGACCCAGAGGGCACGGCCAGUUUGGUGGGGAGCAGCAUGUUCCCCAGCCAGUACAAGGAGGCCGAAGCGCGACUGGAGAUGGAGACCAAGCUCAAGUCAACAGACAGCGCUGCAACCUUGUGAAGGAGCGUGGGCCCACCGUGGCCUGGGAGGGAAGGGGCCUCGCUCUCCAUUUUGAAUCUUACCAGUAGCAGAGAGAUCCCUGGGCAAAGCAAACGGGGAUGUUUUCCCUACUGGCAAACUGAAGAGGGGGAAAUUACAUUGAUCUCUAUCGGGGAUCCUUGACAGGCGUCCCUUAGGGAGAUAAGACAUGGCGUGAAUGGAAGGAAGGAAGAUUGCACUAAUAACUGAAUUGCAGGGGAGGGAAGUGCCCUCAGUGUUAGUCCCCUGCUUUGGCUUCCUAGUUUCUCUUCCUCAGUUUUCCCCAUCUGUAAAAUCGGGUCAACAACACUGACUUGUUGUGCUAGGGCAAAAACGUCAGACUAGCAAAUGUAGUCUUGUUAGUUUCAUGGGUGUACCCCUAAGGCCUUUUCCUCUGCUUGAAGAUUUAUGCCGAUCUGUCGUGGAACGUUUUGUACUUCGGAUUCUUUUUUGCAAAUCCACACACACUGCAAUAGCUAAUGGGCGGCCUUGUGUUUUGGAGUAGCUCAGGAGCUGAUCUAACAUAGAUACGUAGCGGUAUAUUCCACAAGGACAUGUCUUUCAAUACAUUUAUGAAGUCAUGAGACUUAGCUGUUGGUGUUGCCCUAACAGUGACACUCCUGGUUUUUCUCUCUAGCUGCUGCAGAUACCUAUCUAGAGGUGCCAAGGAUUGAAUGUGUGACUGCCCACAUGCGAUGAAUGUACUUAUUCUCUAAUGCAGAAUUACAAACUCUCCCUCUCAUCUUCUCUGUGCAAAGCAAGCCUCUUGGGGCUGAAAGCUUGCACCACUUUUAAACUGUGCACUUGAGGCUGUCUGAUACGGCUAGGUACAGAGACAACAGACAGCAUUGCAAGCCAGGAUAUUGUCGGGUCGGAGGCUGUGCUUCUCUUCCCCCUGUAUAGGCUACAACAUGUCACUAGCAUGGAAGUGCUAUGUGGUACAUCAAAAUCUUUUUUAAAUGUCCAUGUCCACUAGGCAGGGGUGUUGUAGAGCUGAGGAAAUGUGCUCACAGUAAAAAAACUGGUGAGCACCUAACAUUGUUGUGCAUUUCAGAAUGUUUCUUGUAACUGCAGAUCCUCGUACCCCUGCCUACUGGCCAGCCAGAAUCUUGCUGAGCUCUUUCAUGGUUGUUAAAGGUUUCUUAAGGUAUUCCCCAAGCACUUGUCAAGCCUAUCUGUCCAGCCUUGGGGCCUAGACAUUUAGGGUGCUUCCAAACAAGGACUUAAUGCUUUGAAUGGGUCACCGAGAUCUCGCAAACAGGUCGUUGGCAACCAUUUUUGUUUUUCUCUUUAACUUCUUUGGGUUUUCCCUGCAAAGGGGAAAUCCAGAUUUAAUGGAGGGGAGGGGAGAAAAAGGCUGGCGUUGUGAUGACAGAAAAACAACAACGCAUGUGUUAAGGAGCGAGUAUUAUAGGCCUUGACUUGACUCUAGCGUCCUGAGUGUAAAUUUUUGACAUCUGGAACCAGAAAACCACGGUGUGUUUUUCCUAAGGGGUUGCAUUGUAACUAAAUCCUAGUCAGAGUAGACCCACUGAAAAUCAAUGGGCCUAAGUUAGUCAAGUGUAUUAAUUUAAAUGGGUCUUCUCCAGUGCUAUUUUUCUAGAAAAA